AUGACGGGCCCGCGGCACCGGGACGCGGUGAGUACCGGUGCGGGGGCGGGCGCGGGGGCGGGCGGAGGGCGGGGGCAGGGAGGGGGCGCGGCCGCACGCCCCGCCGCCCCCCGCCGCCCCCCGCCGCGGCCGCCACUUCCCGCGGGCGUCGCUCGGCGGCGGGCGCUGCCUCCGCAGGAAGCGGCCCCGCGCCCGCCCCUCCCGCGCCCGGCGACGGGCACAUGCACUGUGCGGCGCGGCGGCGGGAUGGCUCCUGCUGCUGCUCCUGCUCCGGUCCCGGCUCCGGCGGCAGGCGCUGAGCCGCGGCCCCCCGCGCUGCUGCCGCUGCUGCUGCCGCUGCUGCCGCUGCUGCUGCCCGGCCGAGCCGCCGGCCUGGAGGUGCAGCGCAAGUUCCUCUCGCCCACCCUCACCAACAACUUUGCGCUGGACGGCCCCGGCUCCCGCGUUUACCUGGCGGCCGUCAACCGGCUGUUCCAGCUGUCGGGGGGAGACCUGGCACUGGAGGCGGAGGCGGCGGUGGGGCCGGUGCUGGACAGCCCGCUGUGCCACGCACCGCAGCUGCCGCAGGCUUCCUGUGAGCACCCCAGGGUGCUCACCAACAACUACAACAAGAUCCUGCAGCCCGACCCGGAGCAGGGCGUCCUUGUCGUCUGCGGCUCCAUCUACCAGGGCCUCUGCCAGCUGCGCAGCAUGGCAAACAUCUCGGCAGUGGCCGUGCGCUUCCCGCCGGGCGGCAGCGACUCGGUCGCUGUCUUCCCGAGCAUGCUGAACGUCGCGGCCAACCACCCCAACGCCUCCACCGUGGGGCUCGUGCUGCGCCGCGGCGGCGGCGGCGGGGCGCGGCUGCUGGUGGCCGCCACCUACACCGGCUUCGGCAGCCCCUUCUUUCCCCGCAACCGCAGCCUGGAAGACCACCGCUUCGAGAACACGCCCGAGAUCGCUAUCCGUGCCCUGAACGCCCGCGGCGACCUGGCCAAGCUUUUCACCUUCGACAUCAACCCCUCCGACGACAACAUCCUCAAGAUCAAGCAGGGCGACAAGGCGCGGCACAAGCUCAGCUUCGUCCGCGCCUUCCUGCAGCACGGGGCCGCGCCGCCCGCCCGCCGCCCGUACGCCUACCUGGCGCUCAACAGCGAGGCCAACGCGGGCGACAAGGAGAGCCCGGCGCACAGCCUGCUGGCCCGCAUCUGCCUGGGCGAGCCGGCCGAGGCCACCCUCAACGGCAGCGGCGAGACCAAGAAGCUGACCGAGUCCUACAUCCAGCUGGGGCUGCGCUGCGGCGGCGCCGCCGACGCCUUCACCCGCCUCGUCUCCGUCUUCCCGGCGCGGGCAGCUUGGCGCAGCCCCGCCGCUGCUCACGGCCCGGCCCCGGCCCCGCCGGCCCCCGAGGAGCUGCUCUUCGGCGUCUUCGAGCGGGCCGGGGCCGGCGGCGGCCGGGGACGGCCGCAGUCCGCGCUCUGUGUCUUCCGCUUCUCCGAGAUCGAGGAGACGAUCCGGGCCGCCCGCAACUCCUGCUUCGUCAGCCCGGCCGCCGGCAUGGUUACCGUGCUGGACAGCGUGGUGCAGGGCACCGGCCCGGCCUGCGAGAAGAGGAAUAUACAGCUGCAGCCGGAGCAGCUGGACUGUGGAGCCGCACACCUUCAGCACCCGCUGGCCAUCGUGAACCCUGUCACAGCCACCCCCAUCUUCACCUACAGCGGCCUGACUGCCGUGGCAGUGGCCAGUGUCAACAACUAUACCGUCGUGUUCCUGGGCACGGCCAGUGGAGGACUCCUGAAGAUUAACCUGGACAGUACGAUGAAGGUUAUUAGCAGGAGAUCCAUCUCGGUGGCUUAUGGAGAGCCUGUGCAUCCCAUCAUGCAAUUUGACCCUUCUGAUUCCACCUACCUCUACCUGAUGACCUCUUACCAGAUGACACGGGUGAAGGUGGCUGCCUGCAGCCAGUACUCGACGUGCAGGGAGUGCCUGGCGGCCGCUGACGCCUACUGCGGGUGGUGCACAAUGGAGACCAGGUGUUCUCUGCAGCAUGAGUGCACCAACUUCACAGGGGCCAACUUCUGGGCAAGUGUGAGUGAAGGAGUGCAGCAGUGCCCUUCCAUGACCAUUCUGGAGCCUGAGAUCAACAUAGACAAAGAGAACCCGGCCCUGAUAAUACAGAUAAAUGGAACUAUCCCGAACUUGAAUGGAACAAAUAUUUCAUGUGACUAUGGAAACAACAUCCACACAGUAGCCAGAGUUGCUGGGGAUUAUGUAAACCAAUUUAUUUAUUGCAGUUUGCUUCCACAUGAGAAAUAUCCAGCAUUUCCUGAUGACCAAGACCACGUGGUUGUUGAAGCUUCUCUCCGGGUCAACAACAAAAGCAUUAUCUGGGCCAAUUUCACCAUCUAUGAUUGCAAAAGGAUUGUAAGCAUUUACCCAAAGAAAGCGUGCACCAGCUGCCUCUCAGCCAGGUGGAAGUGUCACUGGUGCCCCUCUGCCUACAGCUGUGUCUCCAACCACUCCCAGUGUGAGGAUGCACUGCAGAUGGAGCAGAAGAAAAUUGACUGUCCUCGAAUAGUACCUGCGCCUUUGGAGCCAAUGCCCACGGGUGUAUCUCGCAACAUCAUGAUCUCACUGGCCAAUGCAACUUUCCCUAAGGAGACUGCUCUGGAGUGCCAUUUUGGGACAGACGGGACAUUUGAAGCCCGGUGGGUGAACUCCUCUGCCGUGGAGUGUGUUCAUGUGCUGCUCCACACAUCAGAAAAAAGCCAUCGCUUCCCAGUGAACCUCCAACUGAAGGACAAACCAGACAGAUUUAUCGACAGUCCGGAGAUGAUGACAGUGGAGGUGUACAACUGUGCCACCGGCAGUGCCGACUGCUCCCAGUGCCUGGGCAGGGAGGACCUGGGGCACCGCUGCCUCUGGAGCGAGGGCAGCUCCAGCUGCAGGCUGCAAACCGAGCCUCCACAGCUCUCUGAAGCCUGCCCACCUCCUGAGAUUCGGAAGAUCGAGCCGCUGCGUGGGCCCCUGGAGGGAGGCACGCUGCUGACCAUCCGCGGGAGGAACCUGGGCCGCCGCUUCAGCGACAUCACGGGCGCCGUGCGUGUGGGCGCCGUGCCCUGCACCCCGCUGCCCCGCAGAUACGUCGUGUCCGAGACAGUGGUGUGCCAGACCGGGGAGGCUGCGGAGGCGUUUUCGGAUGUGGUGACGGUGAACGUGAGCCGGGAAGGGAGGUCCAGGGAGCGCUACUCCUACGUGCUUCCUGUGGUGCAGUCCAUCUCUCCUCUGAACGGCCCGAAGGCAGGAGGCACCAGAGUGACCAUCAGAGGCAGCAGGCUGGAUGUCGGCUCAGAGCUCCGAGUCCUCAUCAACUCCUCCAAGCAGUGCACGGACCUCAGCCGCAGUGACAGCACCAUCACCUGCACCAUGCCCGCCGUGGAGCUCACCACCACCGUGCCCGUCUGCGUGCAGUUCGAGAACAAGUCUUGUGCCAGCCACAACAUCACCUUCAAGUAUGAGAAGAACCCGGUUAUAUCAGACAUCAGCCCCAAAAAGAGCCAGAUCAGCGGGGGCAGGAUCAUCACCCUGGAAGGAAGAGGUUUUGGGCUGGUGCAGAACGUGUCCAUGGCUGUGCGUGGCAUCGGCAGAGAGCACACGCGCUGUAAGGUUCACACCGACACGGCCAUCACCUGCCCCUCUCCAGCUGCCUCCAACAUCACCGUGGGCACCAAGCCAGCCCCAGUGGAUUUCUACCUCAAUGGGCGCCUCUACACAGACGAGCGCUCGGCUCUGGACGAGGACAUGUACCCCGAGGAGGCCCUGCACAUCAGCAAGUUCAGCCUGGGCUACUACGCUGACCCCCAGUUCUCCACAGCCAAGAAGGAGAAGUGGAUCAAACACCAUCCUGGAGAGCCCUUAACUCUGGUCAUCCAUAAAGAGCCUGACAGCCUGGACCUGGAGAGCAAUGAAUACCAGGUGAAAAUCGGCCUGAUCUCCUGUGAGAUCCAGAUUGUUUCAGACAAAGUCAUCCACUGCUCCAUCAACGAGUCGCUGAGCUCCUCGGAGAGGCAGCUGCCCGUGACGAUCCAAGUUGGAAGGUUCAACUACACAAUUGCCAUGCUGCACCUUGGGGGAGGAGAAACUGCGAUCAUUGUCUCCAUCGUCAUCUGCAGCAUCCUGCUGGUCCUCUCUGUCGUAGCUCUCUUUGUGUUCUGCACAAAGAGCCGCAGAGCUGAGCGCUACUGGCAGAAAACGCUGCUCCAGAUGGAGGAGAUGGAGUCCCAGAUCAGGGAGGAAAUCCGCAAAGGUUUUGCAGAGCUGCAGACAGACAUGACAGACCUGACCAAGGAGCUAAACCGCAGCCAGGGGAUCCCCUUCCUGGAGUACAAGCACUUUGUCACCAGGACAUUCUUCCCCAAAUGUUCCUCUCUCUACGAGGAGUGCUACAUCCUGCCAUCCCAGCAGCUCAACUCACAGCUGGGCUCCCAGGUCCAGGAAACACAUCCACUCCUGGUGGGGGAAUGGAAGAUCCCUGAGAACUGCAGACCCAACAUGGAAGAAGGAAUUUCUUUGUUCUCCACCUUACUCAACAACAAGCACUUCCUCAUUGUGUUUGUCCAUGCUCUUGAGCAACAGAAGGACUUUGCUGUCAGAGACAGGUGUAACCUGGCCUCCCUGCUUACUAUUGCACUGCAUGGGAAACUGGAGUAUUACACCAGCAUCAUGAAGGACCUCUUGGUGGAUCUAAUAGAUGCUUCAGCUUCCAAAAACCCCAAGCUUAUGCUGAGGAGGACAGAAUCUGUGGUGGAGAAGAUGCUCACCAACUGGAUGUCCAUCUGCAUGUACAGCUAUCUCAGAGAGACAGUUGGAGAGCCCUUCUUCCUGCUGAUCUGUGCCAUCAAACAGCAGAUUAACAAGGGUUCCAUCGAUGCCAUUACAGGGAAGGCCAGGUACACCCUCAAUGAGGAGUGGCUGCUGAGGGAGAACAUAGAGGCAAAGCCAAGGAACCUCAACGUCUCCUUCCAAGGCUGUGGGAUGGACUCCCUGAGUGUCAGAGCCAUGGACACGGACACACUCAGUCAAGUGAAAGAGAAAAUUCUGGAGGCCUUCUGCAAGAACGUCCCCUACUCCCAGUGGCCAAGGGUGGAAGACGUUGACCUCGAGUGGUUUGCCACCAGCACCGACAGCUACAUCCUGCGGGACCUGGAUGACACCUCGGUGGUGGAGGACGGCAGGAAGAAACUCAACACAUUAGCACAUUACAAGAUCCCUGAAGGGGCAUCCCUGGCCAUGAGUUUGACGGACAAGAAGGACACCACGCUGAGCAGAGUGAAGGAUUUGGACACUGAGAAGUACUUCCACUUGGUUCUCCCAACGGAUGAAUCAGUGGAACAUAAGAAGUCCCACAGACAGAGCCAUAGGAAGAAGGUUCUUCCCGAGAUCUACCUGACACGGCUGCUCUCCACCAAGGGCACACUCCAGAAGUUCCUGGAUGACUUGUUCAAAGCCAUUCUCAGUAUCCGAGACGACAAACCACCCGUGGCUGUGAAGUAUUUCUUUGACUUCCUAGAGGAACAGGCAGAGAAGAGAGGGAUCACAGACCCUGAUACUUUGCACAUCUGGAAGACCAACAGCCUGCCACUGAGGUUUUGGGUGAACAUCCUGAAAAACCCACAGUUUGUCUUCGACAUCGACAAGACAGACCACAUUGAUGCCUGUCUGUCCGUGAUUGCCCAGGCCUUCAUCGAUGCCUGCUCGCUCUCCGACCUGCAGCUGGGCAAGGACUCCCCGACCAACAAACUGCUGUAUGCCAAGGAGAUCCCUGAGUACCGGAAGAUAGUGCAGAGAUACUACAAGCAAAUCCAUGACAUGCCCCCUCUGAGUGAGCAGGAGAUGAACGCCCACCUCGCUGAGGAGUCACGGAAAUACCGAAAUGAGUUCAACACCAAUGUUGCCAUGGCUGAGAUAUACAAAUACGCCAAGAGAUACCGCUCCCAGGUUGUGGCCGCCCUGGAUGCAAACCCCACAACAAAGCGCACCCAGCUCCAGCACAAAUUUGAGCAAGUGAUUGCACUCAUGGAGGACAACAUCUAUGAGUCCUGCAGUGAAGCCUAG